ACGCAGAAUGUAUGGGUGCGCACGGAAGUGAAUGUGAGGUCAGAUUGUGCCUCUGGAAUAUCGGAUCGGUGAUGGACACGGCAGGAUUACUGAAGGGGGGCACAGCCAUGGGAUCGCGAGCUCGGCGGAAACUUCUUACUGCGGAAGAAGCGGAACUAUUUGAACUUGCGCAGGCUGCGGGGAGCGGCAUUGACCCUGAAGUGUUUAAGAUUCUGAUGGACCUUCUACGCAUGAAUGUGGCACCUUUGGCUGUCUUUCAGAUGUUGCGUUCCAUGUGUGCUGGGCAGAGAUUAAUUAGUACUGAGGCUCCCCCUGAUAUAGCACGAGGGAGAGCCAAAACCAUUUCUACAGCAACUGGGAAUCAACCUGGGUCAGAUCAUAGCAACCGAGAAGGAUCUAGUCAACGAGUACCACGGCAGUCAAGUGCCAGCAGGCUGCCGAAGACUGGAUGUCCUGUGAAAAAUACAUAGAUACCUAGAAAAUGGCUAAUAAAUUAUUCUGAUUUUCCAAAAUGUCAAACACUGUUCAUUCCAGGAAAGCCAAUGACUAGAAUACUAUGAAAAGUUCUAACAAUUAAAAAAUAUAAUGAGCCUGUCCGAUUUAAUUUCUUGUUCAGUUUAAAUAUCAGGCAGUACAGAAUAUACUGUUUCUGUAUUUCUUGUAUUACUGUUUAUGAUUAUAUGUAGCUUUGCUACUUGUUAAUUUCUGUUGGAGAAAAUUUCUUUUUUGAAAUUAAGAUAAAUAAAUAUCUUGUCUCCUAUGGAA